ACGUUUAAUAACAAUAAGUUUGAAAAGAACUCCAUAAUGUGUACUAAUCAUGAUCAAGCUUUUUUACAAGUUUUACAAGAAGAAAGAGAUAUUACAAACUUUUUAGAUGCAUUUUUUGGGUUUUUGUAUAGAUGUACAGAUUUUUACGUCGAAUCGGGACCAGAUCAAAAAUUGGGAUUCCCACCUGGUACAGUAGAAAAGCUCGUCUUACACAGUUUUCAGAAAUGGAUGAAUAUUUCUAAAUUUCCUAGUGGAACAGAUCCUCCAAACACUCAGGAUAUCAUUAAUCAAAGCAGCGAUAAAGAUCAAGAUGAAUCAAUGACAAUAGAAGAAGAUUGUCUUAUCCCACAAGUUGAUCACGAAGUAGAAAUUGAAACUUGCAAAGAGAGUCAAAUUGCAAAUCAAUUUGAUUAUUUAAUUGAAAGAAAUAGGUCAUCCGACAGUUAUAAUGGCGCGGCGAGGGAAAAUUAUACUUGGUCACAAACUAUCAGUGAUAUCGACGUGCUGGUAAAAUUACCUAGUUGCAUAAGGACAUCGAAAGAUUUAAGAGUUCACCUUAAUUCAAAAGAAAUUAAAAUAGAAGCAAGAACAUCAAGAGUCGAACAGAAUCAGGAAAUAGAAGAAUGCAGAUAUUUUAUAUGGACAACGAUCUUUAAAGGAGAAUUAUGCUUUAAAAUUCGGAAAGAUGAGUCAUUGUGGAGCAUAGUACCUGGACAGCAUAUCAGCAUUCAUCUUGAAAAACUUUUUGCAAGAUGGUGGGAAGCUUUGAUUAUUGGUGAACCAAAAAUCGAUUUGACCAAAAUAGACUGUACAAGAAAUUUGGAUGAAAUGGGAUCAGAAGAACAAAUGAAAGUUCAAGAAUUAAUGUGGAAUCAUCAACAAAAACUCCUGGGUAAACCAAUUUCUGAACAGAUUAAAAUGGAAAAGGUAUUGAGAAAGGCAUGGGAUGCGAAAGGUUCUCCCUUUGAGGGUACUCCAUAUGAUCCUUCAUUAGUAAAAUUUAACUGAUACACUUGUAUUACGCGUUUUUUAUUUCAUUAAUUGUUAUAAAUUAAUAAAUAAAAUUGUAUAUUAAGCUAAGACAUUCUGUAAAUAU